AACAUUUCCUGGUAUUUGUAGGAAAUAAAAGAUGAGCAGAAUAUAUGACAACAAACCUUUGCAUAACUUGCCUGUGAUCAGUGUCAACACACCAAGCAAAUGGGAUCCAAAGAAGUACUCAAGUGGUGAUGGUGUUAUUUUCGAGGGUGUCAUUAAAGGGAGGAGUCGUUUUAGUAUUACAGAUAAUUCCCAUUCGAAGUUCCGCUACCACAUUCUUCAUAUUGAGGUACUGAAAGCCCACAAAAGGCAAUUUGAGAGCAAUGGUCGUGAAAUUGAGCCAAAUUUCAGUGAGACUCACAAAGUGAGAACAGGCUACCUUAAUUCAUCAUACAAGGUUGAACCCAAAGGUCAAUCAGAUAAACUUAGCACUGCUCAGGUCAAGGACAUAGUGUGUCACCGUGACCUUAUUGACAUAACAUCCCCAAGGCUACCUGGAGGCUGUUCAGACUGUCUGUCAUUCUGGUUAGAAGAGAAUGAAACAGAGAAAAUAGAACUAGAAGAGGGCGACACAGUCCGAGUGAAAACUUCAGGAAAUGGACCAUUUAUUUACAGUAUCGCAAGGAUGGAAGCUGAGGCCAGGACAAAGGGGAAUUUUGCAGGAGGGGAGAAUGUAGGCAGCUCCUGGACAGACAAAAUUAUGGGGAUGAAAUCCUCUCAGCCCACUGAUACCAACCAGGCAGAGGGGGUAGAUGAAGAUGAAUGGGAUGAUUGAACAAUUGGGAAAAAUUAACUCUCAAGUGAUCAUCUAACAAGUUCAUCAAUCUAAUGAAGCCAAAGGAACAAAGCAACAGCCACUGCCAAGAAGAAGUUCAAGAACAAAUGUAUUUUACUGAAUAGGAAUGUUCAUUAAUUAUUAAUUAUUUAUUAUGCCCCCAGAUUGAAGUUCGAGGGGCAUACUGUUUUUGUCCUGUCAGAAAAUCGUUUAUUCUAUAUUACUGUCAUAAACAUUAACCUCCGUAAUAACCUGAAAAUGUUUCACGAUCUGACCUCUGUACUAUGUAUUAUUUGGGCAACUUGACCCUAAUGUUAUUUGGGCAAGUUCAAGGACUUGGGCAGAAAAAAAGUGUAAAAUAUGUUUGGUCCAUAAUUUGUAAUGGAGAAACAUUUGAAGUUCCUUCAUCAUAUGAAGAUUACAAUGUUCUGAAAGUGUGUGUUUGUGUGUCAAGACCUUGACCCAGAGUCAUUUGGGCAAGUUCAAGGUCAUUGGUAGGAAAGGUUUAUAAUUAACAUCAAUUGAGAAAUAUUGGAAGAUGAUGCUUGACACAUAAUUAUAUAUGACCUGAAGAUGUUUCAAGAUCUGACCCCAAUGUUAUUUUGGCAAGUGACCCCAGUGUUAUUUGGGCAAGUUCAAGGUCUUUGGCAGUGUAAAAUAGUGUGAACUAUGUACCUAUUUGGUCUAGAAUUUGUAAUGGAGAAACAUUUGAAGUUCCUUCUUCACACAAAGAUUACUAUGAUCUAAAAGUUUUUGUUAUGACCUUGACCCAAGAUCAUUAAUUCAAGUUCAAGGUUGCUUUCAAAAUAAAUUAUAAUUCCUGUACAGUCCAUCACUCUCUAAUAGAAAAAUAUUGUCAGUUGAUACUUCUCACAAAGAUUAUUUAUGACCAGUGGGUGUGUCAUGUCCUUGAACCAAGGUCAUUUUGGCAAGUCUAAAUCACUUAUAAAAAUAUUUCAUUCCUGUCUUUUAUCUUGUAAUGGACAAACAUUAAAAGCUCAUUCUUGGCAUAGACUAGUCAUGAGCUGAGUCUGUGUUAGGACUUUGACCAAAGGUCAUUUAAGCAAGUUCAAGGUCAUUAGUAGAAAAAGUUGCGAUUUGAAUUUGUUCAUCAUUAAAAAUGGACACUUUUCGGGGCACUUGUAUUUAUCAUACACAUUUUGUUCAUACUGUUACAAGUUCUUAAACAAGUAUGUUAAAGUGACAUAAAUAAAACUGUUUUUUUUUUAAUU